AUGGCCCUGAGGUAUCGAGGGGAUGCGGAGACUAUCGUCUCUGCUGACAACGGCUCAGACGACAAGAACUUUGCCGAUGAGAAGCACACCCAAACAGUUGUCAACGAAGAGGGACUCAAUGCCUUUGAACAAGCCAUUGAAUCGGAACUCAAUGUCACCGAACAAGAUCUUAUCCAGGCCAAGGCCAUAGCUGAGACCUACUCCUUGGAGGCCGUCACAGCUUUGGUCGAAAGCGUCUAUAGGAUUCAUAAGCAUGAUCCUAACUUCCCGCAACCGAUUCUAGAGAAGAUAGCCGAGUUCCGGGGCAACCCUGACAUUUUCGAGAAUCCCGAGAAGCACGAGGACAUCAUUUGGGAGAUGAAGCUAGAGGCUGCGCUCAUUUCUAACAAUUCUCCGUACGCCGAGGUCCGUGGUGUUGUCGAAAACACGGAUGACCCGACUACGCCUUGCUCGACCGUGCGUGCCUGGACAAUCGGUAUCUUCUUCUCCAUCGCUUUGGCUGCUAUCAACCAGCUGUUCUCCGUUCGCAACCCUCCCAUUACUGUCACCUCCAACGUGGCCCAGUUGCUCGCCUAUCCCUUCGGUAAGGCAUGGGAGAAGACUGUACCCGACUGGAGGUUCACUCUCUUUGGUGUUCAACAUAGUCUCAAUCCCGGCCCCUUCAACAAGAAAGAGCACAUGAUGAUUGCUCUGAUGGCCACCGUCGCUCAGAGUCUGCCCUACACUAAUUAUAUCAUCUGGACACAAAUCUUGCCAUUCCAAUUCAACCAACAAUACGCUCGUAGCUUCGGUUACCAGAUUCUGAUUGGUCUGUCAACCAACUUUAUUGGUUACGGCCUCGCUGGCUUGACUCGAAAGUUUCUGGUGUAUCCCGCUUACUGUAUGUGGCCGGCUUCUCUUGUCACCAUCGCACUGAACUCGGCCCUGCACAAGGAGCACAACAUUCCUGUACUUGGCCCUUUCAAGAAGAUGUACUCGUCCUCCAGGUAUCGAUUCUUCUUCUAUGCAUUUACUGCCAUGUUUAUCUAUUUCUGGUUCCCCAACUUUAUAUUCCAAGUCUUGACAUACUUCUCAUGGAUGACUUGGAUUGCACCUGAGAACCACACUUUGGAUGUCCUCACCGGGUUCAACAGCGCUGGUCUUUUUAAUCCAUGGCCAACAUUCGAUUGGAACGUUCUUGCCUAUACCGGUGUCGACCCGCUCAUGAUUCCUGCUUUCUCGACAUUUAACACUGUUGCUGGUGGGUUCAUCUUCGGCUUGAUCAUCAUUGCUGUCUAUUUCACCAACACCUGGAACACUGGCUACAUCGAGAUUGUCGACAACCACGUCUGGGACCACUUUGGGGCGCGUUACAAUGUCUCCAGGGCCCUUGACGAGCACGGAAUGUACGAUCACGAGAAGUACAUGGACUACUCAGCGGCCUAUCUAGGCUCAGCCAACACGCUCGUCUACGGUGCUUUCUUUGGUGUAUACGCAUCGGCUCUUACGUACGUGAUCAUCUUCCACCGCUACGAAGUUGCGAUGGGAUUUAAGAGCUUGUUUGCAUCGUUCCGUAAGAAGAAGCCUACCACUGAGGGAACCGCCGAGGUCGAUGGCGAAUACAGUGAUGUGCACAUGAAGCUCAUGAGCAAAUAUCCCGAGGUGUCAGAAAUCUGGUAUCUCGCUGUCCUUCUUGUCGCGGCAGCUUUCGGGUUUGCGGGUAUCCUGGGUUGGCCGACUUACACAACAGCUGCAACUGUCCCGUAUGGAGUCCUCUUAGCCCUGAUUUUCGUCCUGCCCGUCGGUAUCAUCAAGGCGAUGACUGGUAUUGAAGUUACCUUGAACGUCUUAGCCGAGUUUAUCGGUGGAAUGUUCGCACAGGGAAAUGCUCUGGCCAUGAACUACUUCAAAUCAUUUGGUUAUGUCACUUGCGCCCACGCCGUCGGGUUUGCCAACGACUUGAAGAUGGCUCACUACCUGAAGAUCCCACCGUGGCACACAUUCGCUGCUCAGAUGGUCGGUACUCUGAUCAGCACUUUCGUGGCUACAGCGGUCAUGCAAUAUCAGAUUAACAUUGAAAACAUCUGUACAAAGGCAGCCCCAAUGAGAAUGACUUGCCCCGGACCAACCACCUUUUUCACAGCUUCUGUCUUGUGGGGAACCAUCGGUCCCAUCAAGGUUUUUGGUCCUCAAGGCCAAUACGGACCUCUUUUGUUGGGCUUCCCUUUCGGUAUUCUGGCCGUGCUCAUCUUCUGGGGACUUGUCAAGAAGUUCCCUAGGAGCCGAUGGCUUCGCCAGGUUCACCCUGUAGCUAUUUGGUAUGGUGGUCUCAAUUGGGCUCCUUAUGGGUUCUCGUACAUGUGGCCACAGGUCCCUGUUGCCUGGCUUUCUUGGAUUUAUAUUAAGCCGCGAUAUCUCGCUUUCUGGUCUAAGUACAACUUCGUGCUUUCUGCUGCCUUCUCUGCAGGUAUUGCCAUUUCUGCUAUCAUCAUGUUCUUCACUGUUGGUUGGUACGGCGUCGAGAUCGAAUGGUGGGGCAACACGCAGGCAUCUGUUGGCUGCGAGGGUGGUGGUUGUACUUUGAAGACCUUGGCGGAUGGUGAGCGCUUCUACCCAUGGUGGAACAGUUGGGUUGGCGCUCCAUAG